GAUUUAAAAUGUCAACAUUGGCUACAAGAAAUCACUUACCCCACCUUUAAGUGUCUGUAAACGGUAACAACACAGUUUGCUCAUGGGUCAGGGAGUGCAAAAAUUCAAUUCUUCAGGGACUGGCCAGUGCCAUGUUGACCUUUAGACCACCUUGAUCUGAGGGUAGUAAAGGCCUAAACUGAACUAUGGCAUUCACUAUGUGAAGAGACUGAGUCAUUCUCAACUCUCUGCCAAACUACAGUUAUUAAUAAACUGCCUGUUGUUGGUGUGUGAACAGCAAUAAUAUCCUGAUCAAAAAGGGGAGGGAAAUACCUGAUAAAUCUGGGUUAUAUGCCAUUAAGUGUCAGUGCUCAUUACACAUUUGAAAUUGAGCAAGAGGAAAACGGCUACUUGAUGCACCAGUUGAAAAAAAUGGGGCGGUGACGUGUUUAAACAAUGAACGUAUAAAAUUCCACCCCCCAUUAUAUUUUGGCCUUUUUUUAGCAUGGAAACAAGAGAGCAGCUGCCCUUCAGUCUCUCUCCCUCUCUGAGCAGCUCCUGUUUGUCACACACCCUUCACAUGCUCACAGCUAGCAGACUCAUUUCAUCGCACAGCUAAGUCAUGGCGGACAGAAAGGACAGUAAGAUCCCCAGUAAAGGCGGCCUGAUAAAGAAGAAAGAAAAGAAAGUGGAGAAAGUAGAGAGUAAACCUGAAAAGGAGAAAGAAAAGAACAAAGAUAAAAGUGAAAAGGUGACAAAGAAGCCAGAGAAGACCCCAGAAAAUCAGCAAAAAAAUGAGGAUACACCUCAAGGAAAUGGGGAAGUAGCAGAAGGUGCCAAAGGCCCUGUCAAAGAUGAGGAGUUUGAGCUGGAGCCAAUGGAGCUGCCUCCAUUCGAGAUCAUUAUAGGAGACAGAAUGAACCCGAACUUCUUUAAGUUCCAAUUUAAAAAUGUGGAAUAUUCCUCCGGGCGCAACAAGACCUUCCUGUGCUACCAGGUAGACAUUCAAGGAGGUGCUGCAGACACAGAAGGCCUUCGCGGUUACCUAGAAGAUGAGCAUUCGGGUUCACAUGCUGAAGAGGCCUUCUUUCAACAGGUGCUGGCCUAUUAUGACAAGUCACUCCACUACACAGUGACCUGGUACAUGUCCUCGAGCCCAUGCGCAGCCUGCGCUGCUAAGCUCGUAGAGAUCUUGCGAGCACGCAAGACAAUGCGCCUUAAUAUCCACUGCUCCCGUCUCUUCCAGUGGGAGGAAGCAGAGAUACAGGCCGGACUUCAGGAGCUAGUUGGGGCGGGGUGUAAAAUACGCAUGAUGAGGCCUGUGGAUUUUGCGUAUGUUUGGUCUACGUUCGUUGAGAACGAGGAAGAUAACUUUACACCCUGGGAGGACUGUCAAGAUAACUAUGAUUAUUAUGAUGAGAGGUUGUGUGAUAUUUUAAAGUAGGGUAAGGAGCCGCAGCUGGCCUCUGAUUAAGACUGUUAAAAACAGCCUGGGCACCGCCUUUAAGCAAAUUUAGUACUUAAAAGCUAAUUAUUACAAUGUCCCUGUAAUUACAACAGCAUUGUUUUCUCAACACUAUUCGUCCUGCAAAAUCACUUUGUUGACUUUAUUGAUUUUAAACUUACAUAAUGAAUUCAAACCACAAAAAAAUUUAUAGGUAAUACUUCUAUUUUACUAAGUAUCAUUUAAAAAAAAAAUGUAGAAGCUAAACAUCUGGGUGCAAAAUUCAAGCAUUAAAUUCCAGUUAACUAAGCAAAUUCUUUUGCUAAAUAAAAUAUAGUUUGCUUCGCUCUAGCCUCUAAGCAUUAUGUUUAAAUAUUCUAAUUUGUAUAAUAAUGUUUUUUUUUUUUUAUUAUUUUAUUUUUAAUUAUUUUGAAAUUAAAUGAAUUUUGGCAUAGUGAACAGUCUCCCUGUAUGUAAAACAAUAAACACGAGUCAAUUAGCACAAUUGCACAAUUAGCACAACUUAAAGACAGCAGUAUGACGGUGUGACACUUUUCGAUGAUAUUUAUAUGCACUUAUGCAGUGGAUCAAAACUGUGUUCCUGGAGUCCCCCCUAAACUGCACAUUUUCGCUGUGUCUCAUUUCAAAGGCUGCACCCUCCAGAGGUCGCAUUUGUCGGCCUUAUCUGUCGACCAUUAUAUUCUAAAGACAGAAAUGACUAAUUAUGCCUCGUGAGGACUAACAGUGAAUUUUAUAAUGGUUGCUUUUCUGAAAUGAGAGAGGUUCUGUGACGUAUGAGGCUGACUAAUGCAACCUUUGGAGGGUGCUGCUUUGGAAAUGAGACACAGCUUUUAAACGUCUCCAGGAACACAGCUGAGAACCAAUGUACUGAAGAAAAAAAUUGGAAAAUAAGGAUAUCAGAAUAAUAGUGGAAUUAUUAUUUAUGGGACAUUUAUAGUGCAUUAAUAUUAGAGGUACAUUUAAUAUAGUGAUAAUUACUGGAAAAA